GCCGUCUCCCGCGCUGCGCCAGAGCUGCUGCAGCUGCUGUGGCCCGGGCGCUGGGCCACCUCUGCCCGCCCUCGCCUCCGCUGCCUCCAGUCCCUUUUCUCUGUUGUUCCCGCGCCUUAGCUGCUUCGGUCCCCAGUCCUCGCUGCCCUGAAGGGUCCCCGCACCAGCGAAGCCGCCACUCGCCGGCUGACCCGGCUGCCGUCGCGGAUUGUCUCUCCCUCGGUCCGCCGAGGACCCGCUCCUGGUUCACCUGAAGGCCAGGCUUCGACCGCGAACGUCCGAUUGACUUCGGAAGCACCUUUGAGCGCCCAGCCGCCGCGGCUGCAGGAGGAGCGGCCACGCCCCGCGAGCACACUCGGCGAUUCCCCGCCCUGAAGCUCGUGCCUUCGCCUCCCGCCCUUCCUUCUCGCCUUCUGCACUGCUACGACUCGAUGCCCCGGCUGCAGGCUGCGGACCCCAACCCGAGACGCAAGAUGGCGACCGCCGCGUGACUGAGCUUCCCGAGACCCAGCUGCGCGGACCCGCCGGCCAACUGACUUUGGGGGCAGGAAAGGGGCGAGAGCAGAACUUUGGUGUCAUUUGUUAAUUGUGAUUGCGUGAAGCUUGUCGCCCUCUGUCCUGCUUGGAGGGUGUGUCGCAUUGUUCUAAAUCGUAGAGUACGGUGAGCCAGUCUAAUCCCUAUUUGUAUAAUUGGCGCCCUUGAUAGUUGGGGAAAUGGCAAUGACACUGUUGGAAGACUGGUGCAGGGGGAUGGAUGUGAACUCCCAGAGAGCUCUGCUGGUCUGGGGGAUCCCAGUAAACUGUGAUGAGGCUGAAAUCGAAGAGACCCUCCAGGCUGCGAUGCCUCAGGUACCCUAUCGAGUACUUGGGAGAAUGUUCUGGAGGGAAGAAAAUGCGAAAGCAGCCUUGUUAGAGCUCACUGGGGCGGUAGAUUACGCCGCGAUCCCCAGGGAGAUGCCAGGUAAAGGAGGAGUUUGGAAAGUGGUCUUUAAGCCCCCCACUUCCGAUGCUGAGUUUUUAGAAAGGUUGCACCUCUUUCUAGCUAGAGAGGGGUGGACCGUGCAAGAUGUUGCCCGUGUCCUUGGGUUUCAGAAUCCUGUUCCCGCCCCAGGUCCAGAAAUGCCAGCAGAGAUGCUCAACUACAUUUUGGAUAAUGUUAUUCAGCCUCUUGUUGAGUCCAUAUGGUACAAGAAGCUGACUCUGUUCUCGGGGAGGGACAUCCCUGGGCCUGGAGAGGAGACCUUUGAUCCGUGGCUGGAGCACACUAAUGAGGUCAUAGAAGAGUGGCAGGUGUCUGAUGUAGAAAAGAGGCGGCGGUUGAUGGAGAGUCUGAGAGGCCCCGCCGCUGAUGUUAUUCGCAUCCUCAAGACCAACAACCCUGCCAUAACCACCGCGGAAUGCCUGAAGGCGCUUGAGCAGGUGUUUGGGAGCGUGGAGAGCUCUAGGGAUGCGCAGGUCAGAUUUCUGAACACUUACCAGAACCCAGGAGAAAAGUUAUCUGCUUAUGUCAUUCGUCUGGAGCCUUUGCUGCAGAAGGUGGUGGAGAAGGGGGCCAUUGAUAAAGAUAACGUGAACCAGGCCCGCCUGGAGCAGGUCAUUGCCGGGGCCAACCACAGCGGGGCCAUCCGGAGGCAGCUGUGGCUGACAGGGGCUGCGGAAGGGCCAGCCCCUAACCUUUUCCAGUUGCUGGUGCAGAUCCGCGAGGAGGAGGCCAAGGAGGAAGAGGAGGAGGCUGAGGCCGCUCUACUGCAGUUAGGCCUGGAGGGGCACUUCUAAGUAUCAGGAGAGGGGGCUUUAGUGCAGACCUAGAUCACAGCUGCUUUCGUUAUACCUGUGCGGUCUUCAGGCGUGUCUCUUGAGUAGUGAAGACUUAGCCUUUUAUUUUG